GACAGAGCGAGCGCCGAGCGCAACAACGGUGAUGCAGUUUGUCUACCUGGGGGUGGUGUGAAAAACAUCAGCAAAAGUCGAGAGCGCUUUGGAUUAGUGGAUUUUUUUAGUCGCAAAGCGCAAUUUUUUCUUAUCAUUACUGUAGUUUGCACCAUCGUUCAGCAGCGCAAAAUGUUCUGAUCGAGUUUUGCAUCCGCGGAAACCCCGCCUGCUGAAGUGCAAGAGAGCUGCUGCUGCUGCUUAACGCAUGACUGAAUCCGAAGCAGGGCCUACAAAGUACCUACCGACUUAAUUAGAUAGUCUACGCGAAAAAAAAAAAACGAAACAGUCAAGAGAAAAACAACGACGCAACAUCUAAUCUAGAGCAGCGGCUUAUCGGGCAUCGUCAACUUUUUCGACCCAUACCUACAGCCAACGUAAAGAACAGACGUGUCGGCGGCGCCAGGAGGAGAAAUCGCAUCGCCAUGAGUGGAGGAGGAGCAAUCAAAACCGAUCCCCGGGGAUGCAUCUUUCCGUUGCUCUACUCGUUGGGAUCUUUUGGGCUGGCCUGUGCCAGCCUGUGGGAGCUGAAACCAUCGGAUCGAAUCACGGUCCAGCGGGGCGCAUUACUGAUCAGUUUGGGCUUCGUCUACUUUGUGGCGCUAACCGAGUUUCUGAACAAGCUGAUAUUGCGCACCACCGUGGGGCUGAGCUUCGUCAAGAAGUAUAGGCUGAGAAUUUCCGACGUGCUGGAUAUAACGAACAA